UGCUCUGUCCAGGACUUCUCUGUCAUCACUCCCCAGAAGCUGGAAGAAAGCCACAGCCAUGCCAGGAGUGGAGCCAGGGUGUGCAGGACACGGCAGCAGCACCCACAUGUGAUGGGCUGUCUACACACAAGAGAUUUUGGCAUGUUGAAUGGGCACUGUGGUGUUCUACAAUCUUCAAGAACAGUACACUUACACCUUCAGUAAGAACUCCAGCUUCCCUGCAGCUUUAUUUCCUGAAGAGGUCAUGCUGACCAGAGAGGCGGCCACACUGAGCUUCCGAACCACCGUCCCCCCGCUUACAGCUCUGCAAGAGCUCCUUCCGCGAGGAAUACCUUCCAGUUGUUCUCACCUUAAAUGUUAACUGUGAAGCAGCCUCGGGCAGGUCCUUCAGAAAGUUUCCAGAAGAAGGCAUUAUUAUCAAGGAGAUGACAACUCCAUGCCUGUUACUGCCCCUGAAGACCUUCCAGUGGGACAAGAUGUGGAGGGUCUCGCUCUUUCACCCAGACUGGAGGGCAGUGGCACAAUCACGGCUCACUGUGGUCUCCACCUCUUGAGCUCCAGAGAUCCUCCCACCUCACUCAGGAGGACGCCAGUCCUGCAGGCAGACAUCAGGCCCCAGAUGGACCCUGGACUCAAGGUGUACACCAGGUCCGAAGUUGACAACCAGGCCCCAGAUGGACACCAAGGCCCUAGGUGGACAGCAGGCCCAUUUGAACACUAGAUUCAUGUGGACAUCAGGCCGCAGGUAGACACCAUGCCAUGCCUGUGGCCCUUUGUAAGAAGGCACGACCAGGUAUUACAGGGCAGCGCAGGGCAGGCCCUAGCAGGCCAGGCCACACCAGAGAUCCCAUCGGGGCUGCAUCUGCACAUUGUCCUUGUCCAGGAGGAGAUUCGGGAGCCCAUGGAGGCAGAGGCACAUGCUCCUGUUCCACAUACAGAAAUACCAGCACUUCCAGCACCAGCUGUUGAGCCAGAGCCAGCAUGGGAAGAGCCCCCUCCAGAGACAGUGCUGGAGCUGGAGGGAGCUCCAGCCAAGGACCAGUCCAACGAGGAGCUGCCUGAAAUUAUGGCACCUACUGUAGCCACUGGCCUUAGCCCUGCAACUGAAAACGUGGCUGUAGAGAGAAGUCGGAGGGAGGGGGUGACCAGCACGGUCCCAGCCAGCAGCUCCCAUGCUGCACCUAGUCCUGGGCAGGUGGCAAACAUGGAGGCAAAGACCAGGGUUUUGAGCCUGGGCUCCUCUACCCUGCCGGAGAGAGCCUUGUCUCAUUCACUAGAGCUGCAGUCCUGCUGCUGCAGGGCCUGUUUAUUCUACUGCUGCUGUUGGGGUCCAUCUGUGUGCAGGAGGUGCUUAAGGGCAUUAAAAGAAGAGUGGUUAGAAGAGUUCCAGUAGCUCCUCCUGCAUCCAGAGGCGGCCUCCUCCUCCAGGCAUGGAUGUCUGUCUGCAACUGGGCAUCCAGGCUGUUUGCCCCUGAUGGGCUGCCCAGGACGGGCUCCUAACAGGCGGGCAGGGAGUGAGGGGAUCAGGAAGCAGCUCCAAAGGGUACAGCAAGCAAAGCUUUUAAAGACAGCACUUGUGCCCCAGGAUGUCCAUGCCACCACCUGCCCUAGCAUUUAUUAAUAGUGUUAGAAUUACAAGUUGAUGAAACUGUAUAUCAAUAAACUUUUAUUCCUGAAACUUCGCA